GCCCCCUUGGUCUCUUUCGACCUGCGUACGCACUGGACCCAAAAUCAUAGACCGGCCGCAUAUUAGACAGGAUAGCAUAUCUCGAAUAUGUGGGAUCUCGUCUGUCACUCUGAUUUGGCAUGCGCAUAGCUGUUUGUACACCAGUAUAUAGGCUAUGAGCGAGACUAGGCGACGAUCAAACGCUUCAAGAGAUUCAAGCGAUGUCUCUUCACCCCUCACUGCUCUUUCUUCCUGUUCUAAUUCUGAGUUGCCAGCAAAACCGAUGGAAGAGAGUGAUGACACUAUUAAACUUAGCUACUGGAUCUACUUCAGUCUUGCGCUAUUUCUGACAGUGGUAUCACUGUCGUUUUACCGGAACUCAUGUUUUUCACAUUCUGCUCCGAAGGAAUCAUCCCCUAAUGACUUUAACAAUAAGAAUGCUAGGUUGCAUCUUCAAAGAGUGACUUCCUUCGGACCGCGUACGGCGGGCUCUGUGUCGAAUGAAAUUUUGGCUGCUGGAUAUCUGCGGCUCGCUCUGCGAGAUAUCGAACGACAGGCUAAUAUAUCGGGGCUGAGCGCUUCAUUCGACGAGCAAAUUUCUGGAUACUCUUCUUUCCAGUCGCAUCUUCACGUAUGUUCCUACAACAACUUACGGAAUUUCGUUCUUCGUCUGCGGGAUCCUAGAGUCACCAGUGCUCCAUCCCGAAGAGCAUUUUUAGUCAAUUGUCAUUUUGACAGUGCGGUGGGCAGCCCUGGUGCAUCUGAUGCCUUCGUCAGCUGCGCUGUCAUGCUUGAACUCGGUCGUGUACUCGCAAAAGGCGAUAUUAGACUACUCAACGAUAUCAUCUUUUUAUUCAAUGGAGCUGAGGAAAGCAUUCUGCCUGCGAGCCACGCAUUUAUCACACAGCAUCCAUGGGCCGAUGACGUAUUCGCUUUUCUGAAUUUGGAAGGAGCUGGCUCAGGAGGGCGUUUGCUGGUGUUUCAGGUAGGACCUGGGAUAGCCUCGGAGAUGUUACUGGAAGCUUAUUCUACUUCUUUCCAGCAACCAUUUGCUGAUGUCAUAGCUGAAGAAGUAUUUCGAUCCGGAUUAGUUCCGUCAGAUACUGAUUUCAGAAUUUUCCGAGACUAUGGCUUCAUACCUGGCUUAGAUAUGGCAUACAUUUCCGAUGGAUAUUCUUACCACACACCGUUUGACACGGAAUGUCGCAUUUCGUCUGACUGCCUGCAGAGAACUGGGGAGGAUCUACUAAAACUGGUAUCCACUGUUGUUCAGGAUAAACGGCUGGCUUCAAUCCCUAAGCUCUCCCCUAGAGCUUAUCCGUCUGUCGGAAACAAUACAUUGCCUACUUCAUUCGUUGUGCCGAUGUCAAUGCAACCAACUACGAAAGUUUCUGAUACAAACGAGAAACGGCAAGUAUACUUUGAUCUUUUUGGGUUGACACUUUUCACAUUCGACUGGACAUCCUGGAAGAUCUUUAACUGGCUACUUUGUUUUUGUGUCUACUGUCAACUCUUCCAUCACCGACAGCUUUAUUUUCCAAAGUGGGGCGCACUUUGCUUUUCGAUUACGAUUCAAGUCAUCGGUCAGGUUUUUGGAUUUUUGUUCAUUCUCUCCGUAGGAUACCUUGUGCAUUCAUACGGGUGUAGAAUGUCAUGGUAUUCUGCUAGAUAUAACUUGUUUGGAGUUUACGUCCUUCCAGCCAUUCUCUGGUUCACCUGGUUUCAUACCUACUUCCUUAGAUUUGUCUCUGGGUUUGUUGCCAGAUGUAACUCUGUCCGCAACUUGGUCACUGUCUUAAAUUGGGUCGUGGAUGGCCGGCCGAACUAUUUCACAGUAGAGCGCGACUUUUUCGAUGCUUCCGUUGUAAUUUUGUCGUGCCUCAUUACCCUACUUACUGUGUUGAACACUCCGGCUGUAUACGUUGUUACAUUGUGGUUGUUCUUCUCAUCGUUCGGCAGGCUUAUACAUCGGAUUUUAUUUUCCUCCGCCGACUCACUCUGUUUGACCAGAUUACUUUUGAUUUUGUUACCAAUACUUACUUGUGUUCACUCACGUGUGUGCAUGAAUCUGUUGGAUUUCAUCAUUCCUAUAAUGGGACGUGCUGGACACAUUAUUGGACCUGAUAUAAUUGUCGCAGCUUGUGUUUUCCUCAUUGUAUCACCCGCUUUUCUAUUUCUCGCUGGUAGUCUCCAGUGUACUUCAGUCAGGGUCAGUAGAAACCUCAGAUUGGUUCUGCUCAAUGCCUGCUUAUCGUACGCCGUUUUGGUCCACGCGUCUCCUUACGGUUUUCCGUAUACGGUUUCGUCUUCAAACACAAGUGAUCCAUCCAUCAGCCCUCGUUUUCAAAGGGUUGGUGUGUUUCACGCAGUCCGGAACUUUCGGGAUAAACCUAACGAUCCUCAAAUUACCAGCACAGACAGCCAUGUAUUAGUUCUCCCGCUAGAUGCUAACAGCAUCCGAUAUUUAAAACCUAAUUCAUAUCCAUCUACGGUGCCCUCGUCAAUAUUCACUCUUCUACAUCAUGGGGACAACGCCUACGGAUCUGCACUUUAUGGUGGCCUGGAGGAAUUGUCUAGAAUCACGCCUGCUUCUUGCGACUUUUCUCGUCCAUAUUGCGGCAUUGCUGCAAUAUAUCCCAGCCUGCAUUACUUUAAUAAUUUCUUUUUUAUUCCAACGGAUUUCCAUCAUUCGAAGCCAAGCACCAAUUUACACCUGUUGUCACGUCAGGUUGUUUUUCUUGAAGGCUUAGGGGCCGAUCGGAGGCUAUGGAAUGUGACAUUCUCUGUGUGCUCGGGUCCACCUCACACGCACAUUACAAUACGCACUGAACCUCCUUAUGUUCUACUACUACGCUGGUCUUUCUCUUCAGAACAUGCCAUUCCCACCCCCGUACCAUUAACAGUAGAUGGGCGGAUUAAUCGCAAGCAGAGCGUCGGUGCUCACUAUUUUGUUUACCACAUUAACGCCGCAGCAGUGAAUCAAACCAUUUGGCAAGAUCCUCUUGUAUUUUGGUUGAUUUUUGAUGCCAUCUCUGUUCCUGGAAACGUCGCGUCGUUUGACAUCUCUGUGUCUGGGAUAUAUAUGGAUGAAAGCUUGCCCUCUAGCUCUUCUCCACAACUGCGUGACAUCUUAUCAAGGCUUCCGCCUUGGACAGUUCCAAUGACAGCAUGCACAUCCUACGAUCAUUAUCGUGUGGGCCUCAUGUGAAGACUCAGGUUGCUUUCUUUUUGCUCAAUGUCACUAAACCUUUGGGUUGUGCACUUUUCCAAGCCUUGUAAUUUCACUUAGUUUAAUUAAUACACGCUUGUGAAUAGCCCAUUUUUUGAUAUUGUAUGUUUUUCCUACUGAGAGUACCAGCAGUCCGCACGAUGGUUAUCAGAAUCGAGGCGCUCAACUUCAUUACUUAAGCUUUACGCUUGCUUGUUGCUUUUUCUGCAUUCUGUGGUUAAACGUUUGGCACUAUAUUGGAC